AUGAUGAAAGCAAAACAACUUCUUGUGAUUGGUUUUUUAUUUUCACUACUCCUUUUGGUCGACGCUCACACAACCGAGUCAAUAUCAGAGCAUGAAGAGAACGCAAACGCAAAAGCUGUGACCAUAGAGGAUCAAAAACAGAUAAACAGAGGAAGACGCAGUGGUAGCGGUCAGAAUCGUGGACGCAGAAGCUGCGAUCCACUCUACCAAUACUUAUUCGGAGUCUGUGGCCGUUGGCCUUUUCCUACAACACCUUCACCGGAUAACCCUUUUCUCCCUUUUCAACCACCACGUUCACCACCGCGUCCGAGACCACGUUCACCACCGCGUCCGAGACCACGUCCACCACCGUUGGUUCCAUCUCCACCACCACCACGGCCACCACCUCGUCCAAGACCGCGUCCAAGGCCAACACCACCACCGCUAGUUCCAUCACCACCACCACCACCCCCUACGCCUCUUGUUCCUUCACCUCCUCCUCCAUCUCCGCCACCGAUUUUCUUAUUCCCUUCGCCGCCACCACCAGUGCUAGCGUUCCCGCCACCGUUGGUUCCAUCUCCUCCUCCGCCACAGCCACCGCCAUUAUGGCUGCCUCCACCUGUGUUCACUCUUCCACCGCCACUCGAUGAGUUUCCACCUAUGCCACCAAUAGUUUGGCUGCCUCCUCCGGAUGUUCCCGGCCAAUCCUCGCCAGCGGAGGACUUUGAUCUGAUUCCACCUUAG